AAAAAUAAUAAUAAAUUGUGUUAAAAAUCCGAAAAUUUAAAAUUCCUAAAUCCUUCAACACAACGAAAUGGCCUUCGCUUACUAUAUCCCCGACCAGGCUACGCUAUUGCGGCGCGCCAACCUGCAGGAGCAGCAAAUACUACGCGCUCGCCAAGCCUAUUGGCGUUUUGUGCUAACCCUAAUCUGGGAUUUGUUGCAUCAGUAUGUGCAGUAUGAGCGCCAAAGCAUGGGAAGAUGUCGACUACCCAGAUUUCUCCAUUGAAAGACAACACAGCGCACACUUGAGUGGGAGUCAAGUUCAACAAAGAAACGAAAAGCACCAAAAAAUAUAUGCAUACUUUAAACAAAUCGUAUUUAUAUUUAAAUUAAAUAGUUUAAAAUUCGC